AUGGACGAUUCAGAUUUUGUAGAGAAAUCGCUUAAGCCAACCAGAGAACUAAAAGAUAAGUCAAAAAGCGAAAUUAUUUCAAAUUCAAUAAUUAGAAGUGAUUAUCUGCUACCGGGCGGUGAUAAAGACAAGUGCUUCGUGUGCAAUAAGGAAUUAAAAAAUUUGGAUGAAUUGCGCAAAUCGUUACAUAUCAAUCAUUGCUUGGAUCAGCAAGAAGCAUGCAACAAAUAUGAAAUAGAAAAGGAAGAGUGGAAGAAAGUAGUGGAUUGUCCUAUAUGCGGUGAACCUUUACAGCCAGGACCAUUUCGUGCAUCACACGCUAAACGUUGUGGUAAAAAGCAUCACGUGAAUCCUAACAGUCUAUUGUUACUGCUAGAUACACAGAAUAAAGUUGCGGAAGCGAAAAAACAAAAUGGUAUUCCACACACAAAGCUGAAGAAGCCGAAACUAGAAAUAAAAAAGCGUCCUACUCGAUUAAGUGAGGAACCACACUCAGUAUUUGACGAGCAGAUGAAACUGGUGACAGCACUUUCUAAAAGCAUGUGCUCGAGUGGAAGCGAACUAUAUACUAAAACGCAUGUGAUACCACAGGAUCUAUCUAAAAUGAAGUCCGAAAAGCAACGACCUCGAUCAUUUUCGUUUGUGGAGCUUGAACCACGUGUAUGCAAGUGUGAAGUGAUUGAAAGAAUACAGGAGAAUUUUCUUAGAAUUUUCCAAACUCGAGAUGAAGAUAUACGCAUAAUGUUGAAAAAAAAUAUUCAAAAUACGGAAAAAGUUUUGAAAAAUGCAGGGGUAUGCGUGCGUAAGUUUAAUAGCCUGAAACAACUGGCAGAUGAUUUAGCUACCUUUAAUGAAAGCAACAGUGAUGUCAUUAUUCUUUCACGUGAAAACGAAACUUUUUUGGCUUGCCGAUUUAUUAUAGCUGCUCGAGCACCAACACUUUUACAGGUCCCUAUAUCAGACGACAGUCAUAGUGAAUGUGAAAGCGAAGAUUGGAAUUCAUAUGCUUUGAUUAAGUUUCCAUACAUUUUUAUAAGUUCACUAAAAAUUUUCCAGCACUUGAAUUCGGAUGGUUCUUUGAAGUUGAAAGAAUAUUCAGGAGCAGCAAUUAGGUCGUAUAUGACUUUUUUAACUUCGGCUUCAGUAAUUUGGACUGAAAAUGAGCGCGAAGAAGUAUAUUCUAUGGCUGUAAAAUAUGGACCGAAGGGUUUAGCAGCACUUUGUAGAUCUGCAAAAUUGAGAGCAAGCUCCAAUGAAGAAACUGUGAAUAUGAAUUGUGAUAACUUGGAAGAAGCUUCAAACAAGGAAAAAAAUGACGAAAUCAAGGGAAGACAGGAUUAUUCAGAUGCAAAACGUAAAAUCUAUGAUGGCGGGAUGGAAGAAGCGAAGGAUGCAGAUUUGGUUGAUCCAUCAAUUAUCUUUGUUGAAGAAGUUGAGCGGGGCUCAGAAAAUUUGGUUAAACCAUCAUCAUCAGAAUUCCUAAAUAGCAACGGUAAUAAAUUCAUUAUUGGAAGUUCUGACUUACUUGGUUACUCGGUAUUUGAUUGUAAGAAGUCAUCGAUGAACGAGAAAUCUGGAUUUUCAGAGAAGGGAAUUGUUGAAUCUUCUAAACCAAAUAAUUCUUUAUUGGGAAAUACAGUUGACAGUGAUGCUCUUCUUCCUUCCUCUUCUCUUACUCCUUAUGCUUCAAUGAAUCUAGAUGCCAUGAGUCAUUUGAAUGAUUCCAUCGAAAGCUUGUUAAAGAAAUCACCAAUCGAACCACCGUCAAUACUCGAUGAAGAAUUUCCAUCUUCAGUUACUUGUUCGGGGCAGAUAGUAAUCGACAAUUUGUCAGAUAAUUUAUCAUCGGAAAAGCUCCUUAUCUUACCUUAUUCUGCUCCUAAAUCUGAAAAAACGCAGAAAUCUUUGAUAAAAACGGAAAGUAAGCCAGAGUUUUCAUUUAUUCCAAAAAAGUCCUCUCCCUUAUCGUCAUCAUUAUCACUACUCGAUCGAUCUUCCGUUUCUCAGAAAAAUGUUUCUUCAUCACCCGAAAAGAAAAGAAUACGAGUAGAAAAAACUCCAGUACCAAAAGCUUCAAUAAGUCGUCUCAUACGGCGCUUAAAAGAGCAAGAUUCGGACGUAAAGAUUCUGAAAACAGAAAAUAUUACUCCAAUACCAGUCUAUGAUUCGAUGGAUGAUAAGGAGUUAAAGGCAGAAUUGGCAAAAUAUGGCAUAAGGCCAAUGGGUAAAAAACGAGCUGUUGCGCUCCUUAAGAAAAUUUAUGAAGAAACACAUCCAGUGUUAGAGAGCACACCAUUGUCAAGGAAAAGCAAAAUAUUAUUAAAUAGCGAUAAAGUAGAAUCUUCUAGUGAUGAAGAUUGCGAUGUAGACAAGACACUGAACACAAGUCUGGAUGAAUGUGACAUCAUGGAGGAAUCUUGUAUGAAUGAUGAACAGUCUGCAGUUCUCCCCAAAGAUUUGGAAGGUAUGCAGAGCGUUCUGCUUAACUGGCUACGCAAAGAAGAAAAUUCAAGCUUAUAUAACCAUUUACUUAGCCUAAACGUGAUUUCUUUUGAAGAAUUUGCGAACCGUUUAUCUCAUGCUGAUUCGACUGUGUCACAGAUUCCGAAGAAGGCACUUUUAGAAAUACUAGAUCGUUUGCAUGUUACUUUUCGGUUACCAAUGGAUGGAUGGGAUCGGAAAAGGAGGCCGGUUAAACAAUAA